GUUAGUUUAUCACUCUCGCACGAUGCGUUGCUGCCGAAACAUCAGAUGGUAGCGAGAAGACAGCGAUAAUCUAACUGAUUAUGUCUUAAAUCCGAAGUAUUCAGCUGAUUAAUCAGAUCAUUCGGUGUCUGAUAAGGAGGAAGGAGGAGGAGAAGGAAGAAGAAGAAAGGGAGAGGAGGAGGAGGAGGAGGAUGAAGCUCUCUGCUUUGCACCAGAGCUACUUGAAUCGCCGGAGCAACAGCUUCAGAUCAUCUCCGCCGCUGGAUUUUCCGGCGGAUGGCUCUGGUAAUUCUCCGGCGGCGUUGUUCUGGGUCAUCCUCCACUGCCUCUGCUGCUUGAUAAGUCUCGUUCUUGGAUUCCGCUUCUCGCGUUUGGUCUUCUUCUUCCUCUUCUCCACCUCCAACAUCUACUCGGCUCCGUUCCGGUUGGACUUGCCGGCAAAGCACCUCGAUGUCCGAACUCUUGGUCGGAAUCCGGUUCCACCGCCGGUGAACGCGACGGCGACGAGCUCCAGAGUUGUGGUCGGGAGACACGGGAUCCGGAUCCGACCGUGGCCGCACCCGAACUCGGCGGAGGUCAUGAAGGCGCACCAGAUAAUCGAGAGGGUUCAGAGGGAGCAAAGGACGAUCUUCGGGGUGAAGAGCCCGAGGAGGGUCAUCGUCGUCACGCCGACAUACGUACGGACGUUCCAGACCAUCCAUCUGACCGGAGUGAUGCACUCGCUCAUGCUCGUUCCGUACGAUCUUGUAUGGAUCGUGGUCGAAGCAGGUGGAGCCACCAACGAGACCGCUUCCAUCAUCUCCAAAUCUGGUCUCAGGACCAUUCACGUUGCGUUCGAACAGCGAAUGCCCAAUACGUGGGAGGAUCGGAGCAAGUUAGAGCUCUUGAUGAGACUUCGAGCUCUGAGAGUGGUGAGGGAGGAGAAACUUGAUGGGAUUGUGAUGUUUGCUGAUGAUAGUAACAUCCAUAGCAUGGAGCUGUUUGAUGAAAUUCACAAUGUGAAAUGGUUUGGUGCUGUUUCUGUCGGAAUUCUAGCACAUUCCGGCAAUGUGGAAGAGAUGGUUUCGUCGAUAGAGAAAGGGAAGGAGAUCGUGGAAAAACAACAGUCGUUACCCGUCCAAGGCCCCGUGUGUAAUUCAUCCGAUAAGCUGAUCGGGUGGCACACUUUCAAUACACUACCUUACGCCGGGAAAAGAGCUGUAUACAUGGACGAUAUGGCUGCCGUGUUCCCCCAAAAGCUGGAGUGGUCUGGAUUUGUAUUGGACUCUAGAUUGCUUUGGGAUGAAUCCGAAAAUAGGCCAGAAUGGGUUAAGGACUUUGGCCCGUUGAAUGAGAAAGACGGUAUAGAUAGUCCGUUGUCUCUUUUGAAGGAUCCAGCCAUGGUAGAGCCGCUCGGAAGCUGCGGUAGACAAGUUCUGAUAUGGUGGCUUCGUAUUGAAGCCCGCCCCGAUAGCAAAUUCCCCCCCGGGUGGAUAAUCGAGCCGCCCUUGGAGAUAACAGUCGCGGCCAAACGAACACCGUGGCCCGAUGCUCCUCCCGAGCUACCCUCGACAACUUCCCCAGAAAACUCAGCCGAUGUGGCAAAGCAUUCGGCCAGGAACCGCAGAUCAAGACGGCGGAGUAAGAGAAAGCACGAACCAAAGGCGAUGGAUACACAGAUUUCCACUAAGCAUCAGGACAGGAACUGAACCGUUUAUACGCAUGAAAAUGUUGAGACAUUACUGAGAGAAAUCUCUCUCCAUUGGUUCCGAGAAGACAAGAGUAGCAUCUCCUAGCUCUCUCUCUCUCUCUCUCUGUAGAGACAGCAUGUUUUUGCUGUAUAGUUGUCAUUCAUUGAUCUUUACAGUCUUGGUGAAACGUAAACUUGUAAUUUUUCAGUCAUUUCUCUUCUCCCCCGACUCACAGGAACUCCUUUAACUGUUUCAUAGCUUCAACUGAGUUCAUAUGGAUACCGAAUCGACAAUUAUCUCUCC